AAAAAUGUACAAUUCAAUGACACGAGCCCGGUGCCAAAACGACAGCCCAGACUAUUGAGUGUGUUAAAGAACAAAUAGUUAAUAAGAACAAUAAUAACUGCUGGGUUUCUUUUUUCUUCUUAUUUCUAUGCUUUAAUAUACUCGCUUCUUCUUUGGUCAUAAACGUGAAAUUCCUAACGCAUGUGGUCGAAUGCUAGUAAUCGUGGUGACUCGAGCCAAUCGAGAUCCGACAAUAACAAUAGCUAUGUCUUUGAGCAACAAAAUGAUGUUCGCAUGAAUGAACUCGGCUCAAAAUUGUCAGCAUUGAAAAACAUAACCAUUGAUAUGCAUCAAGAUGUGAACGAUCAAGACAGGCUUGUUGAUGAGUCGAAUAGUGCAUUCGGCGGACUCGGACAAACACUUCGACAGUCAUAUGGACGCAUGAAUCGCAUGGCAUCGACACGGCACAAACGACAAUUAUGCUACUAUGUUGCAGUUGCAGUAAUACUGUUUUUCGUUAUCUAUUGGGGCUCAGGAAUAUUGGGACGGAUAUCAUGGUCGACCCCCGAAGAACAGAUGGACCAAGGACAAAAAGUAGGAGAAGUGGAGCAAGAUAUUUAGAGAAAAAACCAAAAAGAGUGCUACUUGUGCCGAAAACUACGCCGUAAUCAUACCAUACACAACAAGCAACAAGAACAACAAGGACAGACAGCAGAAGCAAUUAAAAAGAAUUAGGAAGGGCUUGAAACCAGGAGAUGAUUAUAGAAAGAAGGGACAGGAGAA